ACUCUUUCAAGUUUUCAAAUACUUUUUGACAUGAAAAUUUAGUAUCAUUACAAAUGUCGAUGUUUUUUGUGAUUCUGUUACUGUCCGCGUUUACCAUUGCACAUGCACAAACGUGUGAAUCACAAUAUUUGUGUCGAAAUGCUACCAAUGAUGGCGGAAAGUCAUUCUUUGCAUAUUUUGCUGGUGAGCCUACCGAAGAUUCUUUUUUGAAUAUAACCGACAAUUUUCUAAACACCACUGCUGUAAAUCAAAAAGCGUGUGUCAAAAAAUGCAUGCUCAAUGCCACAUGCUUUGGAGCAAAUGCUGGACCAAUGGAAACUAUGUUUGACGGAAUGCAAGUACAUGAAUUUGUUGAAUGUCAUCUCUUCAAAGAUAACAUGUAUUCAAAUAAAUCAUUGAUGGUAGAAAAGACUGGCUGGAUUCACGUUUCUCUUAAGAAUACUGGCUGCGACGAAGGAAAAUGUAAGAACAAUGGUAUUUGCAUACCAGGCUAUAAUGACGAUUCAUUUACUUGUGAAUGUCCGAUGUCACACUGGGGAGAUUUCUGUGAAGAGAAACGGCCGUUUGCAUUCGGAGGGACGACAACCGGACUUACAGUAGCAUACUGCCAUUACCCAUUUAGUUAUGGAGGAAAGGAGUACAAAGAUUGCACCUUUGAUGCUCCUCCAAGUCUCACUGCAGUUAGGGCGUGGUGUGGCACAACUGCAGACUCUAGUGUAUUUGGAUACUGCGCGUUUAAGGCUAUUCCUAAUUGGAAGUUUACAUUUGAUGCAAGCAGAACAGAAGCUUCGAAUACAGGCAGCAGUUCAGAGUGUGAAUCUACUAUUACGGCUAAUUCUAAAAUUGUGUCCGUCCCAGAACGGCCUGGAAAUGUCUUGUAUGUAUAUGGAGGGACAGCGAUGACAGCUUUGUCCAAUAACGAUGAAACUCAUUCUUGCUAUCUUGAUGUUGACACUUGUUCAGGCAUUACAUUUGCAUUGUGGGCAAAGUUAUUGCUAAAAGAUUUGAAACAACAAACUGCCUCCUAUCCUUCUUCUCAAAGGACAACUGUCUUGCAUGAGGAUAACUUGGGUCCAACACUAUGGUAUGAUUAUCAAACAAGAAAUUGGACGAUAGAGUAUCAGUCAAUGUCUAAGCAUGCAAUAGCAUCACAUGGACCAUAUAACCCGCUUGAAUGGAGACAUUUUGGCGUUCAAUUUGAUGGAACAACACUUAACUUUUUUAUUGACGCGGUUCAUGUUGCAUCAGGAGCAAGUAAGCUUGUCAUAUUUCGUUCUGUAAAGAAUUUUUUUAUAUGUACGCGUUACCAGCUUUAUUGAUAAAAACAGUUGGUUUACUUGAUUUCAGUACUAUUUUUCUAGCUUAGAUCAAUGCUAUUUAAAGCCAUCAAAAUGUGGUAUCGAAUAGAGUUACAAAAAAAUAUUAGGAAAAUUAUGAUGCAAAGAUUCGAAAAUCAACGGCUGUAAUUAAGGGCCGUUUAUAAAGACCGUCAACUUUUAAAAUGGCUUUUUAGGCAGUUUAUGCGGCAGGAAUAUUCAAUUUGCAUUUUAAACUCUAAAAAAUUUUUUAAAAAAUUUAGAGAA